AUGCUCUAUGAGUUAAUCGGAGUGGUCAGUCACCUCCUCCAUACCCAGAACCCACAACUAACGCCCCCUAGGUCCGCCCCGGCCGCACCAUCAACGAGAUCAAAGAUCUGCCUCAGAAUCGCCAAAACAACCGGCAACCAGAUCCUCUCCUCGGGCGGCGUCGUCCGCGGCAUCACAAACUGGGGCACCUUCCUCCUCCCCAAGCCCGCGCGGAAAGCCGGCACCACAUACCACCAAGGGCAAUAUUUCAUCCUGAGAUUCGAUUCGAGCGCGAAGACACAGCAUGCGGUGAGGAGGACGCUGGGGCUGGAUCCGAGGAUGAUUCGGUUUAGUGUGGUGAAGAUGGGGAGUAAGCUGGACGAGAUUGCGGAGGUGAGGGGGAAGGCGGAGUGGGAGGGUGCGGAGGGGAAGGGUAGUGGGUGA